AUGGUCAAGCGCAGGGCGCCGGAUGCCCUAGGAGACGGCGACGAGAGGAGUACAAAGCGACAUCAGCGAAACAUCGCGGAUCGGCUGUCGAGGCUCAGCCAUGAAUUGACACUCCGAGUGCUUUCGUUCCUGCCCGUGCCCGAUCUCAUCACCUGCCAAAGUAUUUCGCGACAUUUCCACAGACUCGCUGGCGACGACCAACUUUGGAAGGCUCUGUACUACAAUCGCUUCGUCCGUCCGAGGGCUUCGCGCAUACCUGGAAUCAACGAGUCGGGAGUACCUGCGGAGAGCUUGUGGUAUUCGAGCAAGCUCUCCAAAUGGCUGGACGAGGACAAUCUGCUGAAAAGAGAACGGCAGACACACUGGAAGAGACAGUACAAGACACGUCACAACUGGACCAAGGGCACAUGUCGUGUAGACGAAGUCCCCGUUUCGCCUGAGCCAUCGGUUCCGCCAACACUGCUGCAAAUGCACGAGGGCAUUAUCGUUAUGGCCGAUCAUGUCCAUGGUCUGCGCGCAUGGUCAUCUCAAUCAGGCCAGGACAUGUUGGCCACGGCUAAGUUUCCUGACAAGACCACUCCUCCCUCGGCUCUGACACUCGAUUCUGUUCCUUCAUCUUCUUCAACCAUCACCCUUGCUGUGGGCUUUCAAGACGGCUCCUUCACCAUUUACGACCUUCAUGCUCAUCAGCGCCGCUUCGUCUCUCGAUAUUCCCACGAACCCUCUUCCAAUGGUCUCAUCUCGGCCGCCGCUUUGUCCUUUCCUUAUCUGGCCACCAUGACCGCCAGUCAACUUUUGUCCUUUUACAAGUUUAUGCCAACAACCAACAAAGCAUCUACAGAUAUACCAAUGAACCCUCCGCGAUUGUUGCAGUCCUUGCACUCACGCACCAUCUGGCCACCGCUCACUUUAUCCAUCCGACCACAGCCAGACACCGUGCUCGUAUCAAUCGCCUACUCACUACCCACAUACCUCAGCGGCUGGACCGUCGGAAUCCAAGAAAUGCGUUUGACCCCAGAUGGCACCCUCCUUGAAUCCCGCCUCACCUCAGCAAUCGACCAAAAUUACCGUCCAUUGACCUUCAACCCCUCCAACUCACCGCCAACACCUCAAACAAUCCCCCCUUUCGGCCACUUCAACACCUCAGAAGCAAACCAAAUCCACUCCAAACCAACCUCUCUCUCCUACUCUCACCCUUACCUCCUGGUCUCGCAUCCAGACAAUACCUUGACACUGUACCUCGUGUCCUCAACCACUGAUGCCCUCAAAAUCAGCCCAGGCAACAGACUCUGGGGCCACACAUCCUCAGUAUCUGGAGCUCAUGUGGGAGGCCGAGGUAAAGCAGUCUCGGUCAGCACACGCGGCGAUGAACUACGUGUCUGGGAACUCGAGGGUGGUUUUGCUUCUGCGUCUGCGAGGCGUAGGUUGGCUGCUGGAGAACUGAGUGUACAAUUGCGACCUGAGAAGCCUUCGUCACCUGUCGAGAAAGAAGAACUCUCGACAGGCAUAGACGAAACCAGCAUGACGAGGGGGUUUGUAGGCUUUGACGAUGACAAGGUCGUCGUGCUCAGGGAGCGGCAUUGUGGGAACCAAGCUCUGGUUGUUUACGACUUUACAUGA